GUUCAGAGAACGAGGGCGUCCGACUCUACUUCAUCAGUAAAUACUCCGAUUUUUUUUUUACCAUUAUGAAAAGAGAAGUUUCAAAAAGCUUCUUUGUUAUUCUCUUCUCCGCGCUCCUGAAAUCCAAAUCCAUCCAUCUGUAAGCCAUCGGUGAAAUGCACUGUGAAGGAUCUGUUUGGAAAUGUCUGCGUGAGCCCAUUACGAUUUCCGACCGCUCCUGGCUAAUUUCUGACCAAUCAGGGCAUCUCUUCCCUUGGUUCAGGCAAGUCCAUCUUUCCUGUCAAUCACAGCUCUUUCAAAGGCAAGAAAGCAACGUUCUCAUCCCUGCCCUUUUUUCGCUCUAUCUUCCCGGCUCUAAAAUUGGAGCUACAGCAGCUUUAGGAGCCGCUGAGGGCACCUCAUCAGAGCAGCCUGUUCAGUGUGCGAGAUCAGGGCGGAGAUAGAGAGAGAGCGUGAAUACUGCCUGGGCCAGAUAGAGAACAAAACCACAGGAUGCAGUGGGAUGUGGGACAAGUUGAUGUGUUGGCCCAGUGCCGGACUGGAGGAAGUGGUCACCCUCCCAUGUCCCAAAUACUUCUCCUACUUCACCAGCCAACCCCGCAUCGGCAACCUGUCAAAGACGUGCACCGAGGACGGAUGGUCAACCAUAAGCCCCGCCUCCUACAACCUGCACUGUGGCUUCGACAGCAACAACACCAUGGAUGCUGAGGCGGUUGACUUGGGAGACUUCUACGCGGCGGUCAAAGUGGGCUACACGAUUGGCCACAGCGUGUCCCUCAUUGCCCUCACCGCCGCCAUCAUCCUUCUCUGUCUCUUCAGGAAGCUGCACUGCACGAGAAACUACAUCCACAUGAACCUGUUUGUGUCUUUCGUACUGAAAGCCACGUCGGUAUUCGUCAAGGAUGUGAUUCUUUAUCCUGGCGAUCAGCCGGAAGAAUGCCCCUCCUCUUCUCUCUCUCUUCCCAAGGUGGGCUGCAAGGCUGUGUUGGUCUUCUUUCAGUAUGGGAUCAUGGCCAGCUACUUCUGGCUGCUGGUGGAGGGUUUGUACCUCUAUGCACUAUUGGCUGUUUCCUUCUUCUCGGAGAAGAAGUACUUCUGGUGCUACAUCCUGAUUGGUUGGGGUGUCCCAGCCAUCUUUAUCUCUGCCUGGGUGGGGACCAAGGUGUAUCUGAAAGAUCCAGGAUGCUGGGAUAUAAUCGAAGGACUCCCAUGGUGGAUCAUCAAAACUCCCAUCCUAAUUGCGAUACUGGUAAAUUUCUUCCUCUUCAUCUGCAUAAUCCGGAUCCUGCAGCAGAAGAUAAACUGUCCAGAUAUUGGCAGGAAGGAAUCCAAUCAAUACUCGCGACUAGCGAAGUCGACAUUACUGCUCAUACCUCUCUUUGGGAUGAACUAUAUAAUUUUUGCCUAUAUCCCCGAACACAUCCAACUGCAUGUGAGGAUGGUCUUUGAUCUGGUGCUGGGGUCCUUCCAGGGCUUCAUCGUCGCUGUCUUGUACUGUUUCCUGAAUGGAGAGGUGCAGUCGGAGGUGCGGCGGAAGUGGCGCCGGUGGAUGCUGCAGCGGUUCCUGAGCACCGCCGACACCAAGUACCAGCCGCCCUCCAUGGGCAGCAACGGCAACAACUUCAGCACCCAGAUCACCAUGCUGACCAAGUGCAGCCCCACCACGCGGCGAUCCUCCUCCUGCCAGGACCACCUCUCAGCCCUAUGAGCCCCGCCCUGACACCACCCAAACCCCCUGGGUCUGGAGCCGCUGAGCCCCGCCCUGACACCACCCAAACCCCCUGGGUCUGGAGCCGCUGAGCCCCGCCCUGACACCACCCAAACCCCCUGGGUCUGGAGCCGCUGAGCCCCGCCCUGACACCACCCAAACCCCCUGGGUCUGGAGCCGCUGAGCCCCGCCCUGCCACCACCCAAACCCCCUGGGUCUGGAGCCGCCGCCGCCCCUCCCUUUGAGGUUGGUUUCUAGAAGGGGGCGUUGACGACGUCGCCGUUUCCAACAAAGUUCAACCCGGACACCGAAUGAUAGGAUUCAAGCUAUUAAGAUGAAUGUCAGGUUAAAGAAGGGAAUAUCUAUCACUCUCAGGGGCCACUCACACUAGGGCCGCGGCCCCGUGCCCGAGCUCAUUUGCAUACUAAAGUCUAGAACGUUUGGCUAGUGUGACCACGCCAUCCGUAUUCCAGCACGGAACAGCCCCUUGGCCACGGCAC